AUGUUGGAAGAAUGCGAAUGGGCUACAAAAUUUUGCUGGCGAGUCUUCCAAGUAGAUGAAUCACCUAAUAUUGUAGAAGGUGUAAACGCGAAAGCGGACGCUGCUACUGAUCGAGAAAGCAGUAAGGUCGACCCAGUUCCAACUCGGCAGAAUGCUAGUCAUUUUCCUGAAGUAAAUAUUUCAAGACUUCAUGAAGAAGAGAAUUUUGAAAGAAUAAACGUUUUUACUGCUGAGGUUAAUAAUACCCUAACCAAAAGUAAUAUGGCAGUUGUAGAAAGAAAUGAAACGCUUGAAUCUGUAAGUGCCCAAGGUGAUAAUAUUACCGGUGCAGAAUAUUCAGACCCAAGUCUAAUAUCAAGUAUGUAUAUAAACUCCAGUAACAGUAGUUCAAGGCUGAAGGAUCACACGGGAAAAAACUACAGUGGGCUAAUAACUAGUCCUACUAAUGACAAAGAACAAUUCUUAUUAAAGAAUUCCACUCAAAUUGACAGCAGAACUGAAGGUGCCUCUGAUAAUGAAAACGCUACGUCGGCUCAGACUGCAAUGGCAAACAGCAGUCAUUCUCGGGUGACAGACACAAUAGAUAUCCCGCAAAAGAGAAACAAUGAUAUUCAUCUCGUGGAGUCAGACACACUCGCUGAUUUCGGUGACGUAACGUUUGGCAGGCACUAUGACCUCACCGACGAGUUGCAAGAUGACACCGACAGUGAUGUCAUCAUGGGAAAAGGUCAGUUAAACGCCAUGACCUUCGGCGAUGACAGCCACGUUCCCUGUGACGUCAUGCAGAUGCCGCCUCACCAAGAGAAGGUUUUCUUUUGUGGUCCAGGGGAGUGUAUUCCCCAGCAACUGAAGUGUAACGGUGUCCCCGAGUGUGCGAAUGGGACUGACGAAUCCGUGAGGGAGUGUGGCUGUCUGCCCAACGAGUACCAGUGUGAUGAUACUUGUAUCGAUCUGGUUCGUCGAUGCGACAGGAAGGAUGACUGCCCAGACGGCGCUGACGAAUUGAACUGUGAGACCUGGGUAUGUCCGACGACGCACUUCAAGUGCAACAAUCAUUAUUGCAUCCUAGUGAGCAAGUCUGUGAUUUCCCACGACCACUGCGGUGAUGGCUCCGAUGAACAUCAGUGCCAUCACCGGGAGUGCUGGAAGCAAGAAUUCGAGUGCUCGAACGGUCAAUGCAUUCGACCUGGGAGAGUCUGCGAUGGUCAGCCCCACUGUAAGGAUGGAUCAGACGAGUCAGCGUGUGGGAAUGAGGACUUUGCAGUCUGUGGUUCCGGCAAACGUGUCCAUCGCUUCUACUGGUGUGAUGGCUGGCCUGACUGCCAAGACAAUCACGCUGAUGAACUGAACUGUGGCGAAUGUGACGCCAGCAGACAGUUCCAGUGUGCAAACACCCGUUGUGUUUCAAUCAGUAACGUGUGUGAUUCCCUGUGUGACUGCCUCUCGAACUGUGAGGACGAAGCCAAUUGUACCACUGGGGCGUAUGAUGUGUCUGGAGGUAUCAGCAUCUGCAAUAUCAAUGACACAUUGAUGUGCACUGUUGCAAACCACGACCGCUCACUGGACCGAUGCAUUGCACCUGCUUACAUCUGUGACGGCCAUAAUGAUUGCCAUAACGGCCAGUACAUCUCGGACGAGUACGGAUGUGACGUAGAAGAAUGCUCAGACCUAGAAAAAGGAGAGGAAAAGUUUCGGUGCUCUGAUGGGAGAUGCCUUUCUUCCCGUCUGGUCUGUGACUUCUGGCCUGAUUGUCUGCAUGCGGAGGAUGAGGGUAAUUGCAGUCACCGCCCGUGCAACAACUCCGAAUGGAGAUGCGAUAAUGGGCAGUGCAUUAGGUCGGACGAUAGAUGUAAUUUGGUAUUCAACUGCUUCGACAAAUCGGAUGAACUUCGCUGUGAAGAGAACCUUUGCCAGGAGGGACAUUUAAGGUGCAACAACGGACAGUGCAUUCCUGCGCAGCUCUGGUGUGACUGGGUUCCUGACUGCGCAGAUCGUUCGGACGAAACAAAUUGUUCGCGUCCCACCUCGUGCAGAUCUAAUGAGUUUCGGUGCAGCAGCGGCCAGUGUAUUGAUGAGCAGUACCGCUGUGAUGCAGCAGCUGACAACAGACAUGCUUGUGCUGAUCGCUCCCAUUUGAUUAAGUGCUCCUCUUACGAAUGUCGGAAGGAUCAGUGGCGAUGUGGAUCAGGAGCCUGUCUCUCUCCCGACCUCGUCUGCGAUGGUCAGAUUCACUGUCCAUUAACCUGGGAUGAUGAGGAUCACUGCCCCUUCUCUUGUUCUUCCUCGUCCCCCUACUGCAAGUGUCAGGACAUCAGCAUCGAUUGUCAGAACUUCGGAAUGAUGUCUCUCCCUUCGGACAUAGAACGGCAAAUCUCCCGAUUUUAUCUGGCAGGAAAUUACUUCAACAAUACGCUAAGCACGGAAACAUUUCUCAUCUACCGUCAUUUAGUAUUUCUAGACUUGAGUAACAACAGCAUCACAUAUCUCCCGAAAGGUAUCUUUUUACACCUGAAUCGACUUCGAAUUCUCGACCUCCGCCAUAACUUCUUGACCCACUUAGAGAACUCGACGUUUCUUGGAUUGGUAAAUCUCAGGACUUUGCACCUGAUUGGAAAUACCAUCUACACAUUGGAUGGUUGGGCGCUGUAUGGACUUUCGUCUUUAUCUACGCUUGACCUGAGCCGUCAAAGGAUGAGUAAUAUAUCGAGGAAAGCCUUUAUGGGUCUUCGAACGCUCGUCAGUUUAAAUCUUUCCGGAAACCACCUGACGUACCUGCCGGAUGCCUCACUUAGUGGCCUGUCCAGUCUACUCUCGCUGGACAUCCGGAACAACGAGAUUGCAGUAAUGGGGCCAAGAAUAUUCUCAGGACUCGCAAAGCUGGAAUACUUAUGGACGGACGAAUUCCGUUUCUGCUGCCUAGCUCGACAGGUGAAGAAGUGUUCCCCACCACCAGACGAAUUUAGUUCCUGUGAGGAUCUCAUGACCAACACUGUCCUCAGAAUCUGCGCCUGGAUUCUCGGCACUGUCGCCCUUUCCGGCAACCUCUUGGUCAUCAUCUGGAGAACUUUCUUUGAUAACGAUAACAAGGUGCACUCCUUUCUGAUCACUCACUUGGCCCUAGGGGACCUUUGCAUGGGACUCUACCUCCUCAUCAUCGCCAUUGUCGACGUCAGUUAUCGGGGAGUUUACUUCAUCUACGACGCCGUCUGGAGAACGUCACCCCUUUGUCAACUGGCUGGAUUUCUGUCGACUUUUUCCAGCGAACUAUCAGUCUUCACAUUGACGGUGAUUACCCUGGAAAGAUUUCUGGUGAUUAUCUUUCCCUUUCGAUUAACGCGUCUGGACAUGCGCUGGACGAGACGAAUCAUGGCUUGUGUUUGGGUGUCAGUCGGUCUCCUGGCUGCCUUACCGCUCCUAAACUUGCAGUAUUUCAAAAAUUUCUAUGGGAGAUCUGGUGUUUGUCUGGCAUUACACAUAACGCAUGAAAAACCCAAUGGAUGGGAGUACUCCGUAUUUGUGUUCUUGGUGGUGAAUCUACUGUCGUUCUCAAUCAUUGCUGCGUCAUACCUGGGCAUGUACUGGGCGGCAAGCUCCACAAGCGCUGCCGUCAGAUCCGAUCUCCACAAGAGGGAAUCGAGUAUGGCAAGAAGAAUGACACUCAUUGUCGUAACAGAUGCUGCCUGUUGGCUUCCCAUUAUAUGCCUGGGCAUCGUUUCUCUAGCAGGGGUGAGAAUACCACCUCAGGUAUUCGCGUGGGUGGCCGUCUUCGUACUGCCACUAAACGCGGCUGUGAAUCCUCUCCUCUAUACGUUGACAACACGCCCUUCGUAGGGAAGGCACGGGAGAGGGCCAUGCACGUACGUCGCUCCAUGAGGAGGUCUGUCAUUAGGCGUACUUUGUCUACAAGCAUAGGUAAGAUACAAAUCAAGUUUCCAUUAGUCAUAAGGUAAAACCAAGAAGCUAAGUGUGCAAAGCUCUAAGUACGCUGCUGGUUACAGUCAUACAAAACCUAAGGUACUACGAGUUUAGGUAAGAUACCUGUCCAGUUGAAAUGAAUGUAUAUUGAAUAAAAGUAUAAAUAACACUAACACAGCUGAGCCAUAGUAGGAUAUAUCCGCACAUAUAUUUUUAAAGAUCUAGUUGCAUGUAUUCUCAUGAACGAUUUUCAGACCAGUCUCCAUUAUCAUUAUUUUUUUUCUUUUAUUCAAAGAUCACAUUGACCUCCAAGUAGGUUUUCAGGACCAAAAGACUCCAAGCCCCAAAAUAUCUAAAUUCAGCUUACGAAGGAGGUGAAGUCCUUUUGAGAGCCAAACUAUGGUGGAAAAUAUUCUCUAGGUUAACGGACUGGCAGCAUUACGGCUUGAGAAAAGCAUGAGCUAGGAGCCAAGAUCCCAAAAUUUCAAAGCUGCUGAUGCAGUGAGAAGUGAAAAGAGCUCUGGAUUUACAGGAUGUGUUGAUGAACCACAAUGCUUCGACUGUAAGUAUGGAUAUUUGUCGAAUCAAUAACCAUAUAUUAAGGCCAUUCUAUCCAAAGAAAACGCUUGGCUCAUCCCCCUACUGUGGUGCUGCUUUGUGAUAUCUCAAGUACUUCCUAGUCGUCUCACAAGCAUCUCGAGGAACUGUGCUGUGAUUCUUCCUUAUCAUCUUGGUUGUGAUGAUUUUAAGAACCCGGUAGACAAGAAGUGAUUGUGAUCUCAGUACUAGUGAAAAUAAUUAAUAAGACUGAUCAUCACGUGCCCGUCAAAGUUUGCAGUGUGGGUGCUUGGAGGAGGCGGAAAUAAGAUUAUUGCCUGACAGAAAAAGAAUGCA